AGUGCCUUAUAUUUUUAUACAAAAAAUGUUUUAAGUUAUAGAGAAUCUAUAGCAAACAAGAAUUAAUAAGAAAAAUCAAUGAUAAACCAUAUAAAACAGUAAAAAUAUGGUGUCUAUUAAAAAGGCGUCAAGAAAGCAGCUAAAACAACAAAAACAAUACAACAUAAUAUAGAAGAAACCAAAACAACGAUAAUUAUUGUUGUAAUUUGUAUGAUAACAACAACAACGAUUAACAGAUUGGACAGGAAAUCAAAUUAUUACCAUAUUUCGAAACAUUCAUACUGAUAAAUAUUCUAGAUAAAAAAACAACAAAAGAGGCAGCAGACCAACAAUAAAAACUGAUUUGAAUAGAAAGUAUACAUUGUCAUUCAUUAUUUUCCUGUAGCACAACCAUUAUCUUUUGUUAGCAGCACAGAUUGCAACAAUAUGAUGAACUGUUUUAGUUCCUUAAGCGUUCCCACUUUGGGGGAAAUGGAACAAAUUAUUUGCAUGCUGGAAAGAGGAACCAUUGUUACGAAAUUGUACAGCAAACAGAGGCGCCCCGAGCAGAGACGUCUCAUUUUGGUAAGAGAAACACGUCAAUUGCUAUGGUCCCCGGUCACAGCCAACACCCGCAUAGAACAUGAAGGUUCUCUGGAACUGAGAGAAAUUAAGGAGAUACGUGUGGGCAAAAAUUCAAAAGAAUUUCGCAAUUGUCCCGAUGAGGCCAAACGUUUUGAAAAUGGCAAAUGUUUUGUGGUAUUACAUGGCAGUUCCUUUAAAUUAAAGACAUUCUCGGUGGUGGCAUUGUCCGAACUGGAAGCGGAAAAUUGGGUUAAAGGUUUACGCUAUAUGGUUCAGGACACUGUAAAUGCCUCCUAUCCGCUGCAAGUAGAACGCUGGCUCAGACGUGAAUACUAUGCCAUAGAAAACUCGGGCACUCAGUCUUCCAAAGAGGGAGGUCAAGUGACUGUUAAAGAUUUUAAGGCCUUCCUGGGCAAUAUCAGCUGUAAAAUGACUACCUCCAAGUUAAUGGAUUGUUUUAGCGAAGAAGAUGUACGCCGUAAAAAUGAUUUACGUUUUGAUGACUUUGCCCGUUUGUAUAGGAAACUAAUAUUGCCCUCUAAUUUCCUAGAAGAACUCUUCCAUAGUCUUCCCGGCAAAGAAUUUGCCUAUUCCAAAGAUGGCGAAAUUGUUGCUUUAAGAGAAUUUGAAAAGUUUUUGCUGCAAGAACAAAGAGAAGCCAUUGCACGUGAUAACAAUGCUGUUUCGAAUUUUAUGCGUGAAUUUCUGCAAGAUGUGGAACGGGAAGUGCAGGAACCUUUUUUCACCAUUAGUGAAUUUCUUGAUUAUCUGUUUUCCAAACACAAUGACUUGUGGGACAAACAAUGUGAUCGCUUGUACAUGGAUAUGAAACAACCCAUGUCCAAUUAUUGGAUAGCUUCCUCCCACAAUACCUACCUAACAGGAGAUCAAUUUUCCUCGGAGUCUUCAUGUGAGGCAUACGCCCGUGCCUUGCGCAUGGGAUGUAGAUGCAUUGAACUGGACUGUUGGAAUGGUCCCGACAAUCAGCCGCAUAUAUUUCAUGGUCACACCAUGACUUCAAAAAUUAAAUUCAAAGAUGUUAUCAAAACCAUUAAAGAACAUGCCUUUGUCACCUCCGAAUAUCCGGUGAUUUUAUCAAUAGAACAAAACUGUUCGUUGGAGCAACAACGUAACAUGGCCCAAGCUUUAAUAGAGGUCUUUGGUGAUAUGCUUUUAACCCAACGUUGUGAUCGUUCUGAGACCCGACUACCCUCUCCCUAUCAGCUGAGAAGAAAAAUCAUUUUAAAACAUAAAAAACUACCCGAGUAUGAGGAUAAUUCCAGUAUUGUGUCUACUAACUCUUCGAAUUCUUCUACUCUGUUGUCUUCCACUGGUAGUCGUGGUUCCAUUUCGGGUCCUGGCGGUGAGGACAAUGAUGGCAUACGCAAUGUUUUGAAAGAGGGUCUUUUGUAUUUUAAAGAUCCUGUAGAUAAAACUUGGAAUCUAUAUCAUUUUGUAUUGACGCAACAAGAGUUAAUAUAUUCCUCGGAAACAGAAGAUACUAAUUCAACGGCUGGCGAUGAUGAGGAUAAUGCAGUUUCGGUGUCAUCUACAAACACUAUUAUGCCCAAAGUUAAGGAUAGCAUGAUAAAUGAUGAGUUGCAUUUUGGAGAGAAUUGGUUUCAUGGAAAAUUGGAAGGAGGCCGCAAUGAAGCUGAUCAACUUUUGGAGGCCUACAAACAUUUGGGCGAUGGCACGUUUUUAGUACGCGAAUCGGCCACCUUUGUGGGUGACUACAGUUUAUCAUUUUGGCGACGAAACCGGCCCAAUCAUUGUCGCAUUAAAUUGAAACAUGAAAAUGGUGCCACCAAAUAUUAUCUAGUGGACAAUUUUGUUUUUGAUUCUCUCUACUCCCUCAUAGUUUACUAUCGCAAAAACAUGUUGCGUAGUUCGGAAUUUUCCAUAACACUUAAGGAGCCGGUGCCCCAGCCGAAGAAGCAUGAAACACAAGAAUGGUUUCAUCCACACACCACCAAAGAACAAGCCGAACAGGUUUUAAUCAAACUCGAUGUGGGAUCAUUUUUAGUGCGACCCUCCGUACAGAAUGCCAAUGUCUUUGUUAUCUCAUUCACCAUUAAUCGCAAGAUUAAACAUUGUCGCAUAAUGCAGGAGGGUCGUUUGUUUGUGGUCGAUACCAAUCAAUUUGAGUCUUUGGUGACUUUGGUCAAGCAUUAUAUGCGCAAUCCUUUAUAUCGCACCGUCAAAUUGAUGUAUCCGGUGUCGCAAGAGCUGUUGAAACAAAAAUUAUUGGCCUGUCAGGCUUCGUUGGAUCAUCAUCAUGGCAAUGGUGGUGACUUUAAUGAUGCCUCCAGUUACAUGGAUCCUAGUUUGGAGGAUACGGUUACGUGUAAGGCUUUAUAUAGCUAUAAGGCGGAUAAACCCGAUGAAUUAUCAUUUCCUAAACAUGCCAUAAUAACAAAUGUACAAAGAAAUAAUACAAUGUGGUGGAAGGGGGACUAUGGAGGUCUGAAACAACGACAUUUGCCGGCGAAUUAUGUGAAAGUUAUUGAAUCUUCGUCGGAUGAUUACAACAGCUUCAAUGAUGAAACCAACAAUGAACAGUUUUCACGUACCGACUCCAUUGAAAUCCAUGGAGCCGUUGCCUCUUUGUUCGAAUCCAAUGAGCCGGGCAUACUUUUAAAACUACAAAUACAAACACCUACAAUGCAAAACUCAUUUGUGGUGGGUUUUGACAAUCAAGAACAGGCUUACGAAUGGUUCAAGGCCAUACAAGACGCCGCUUUAAUAGCCAAUCAAUUGGCUACCGAGAGAAGGAAAAAAGAACGUUCUGCCCGUGUAGCCAAAGAAAUGUCGGAUUUAAUUAUCUAUUUUCGUAGUGUACCAUUUCGUGAACACUCCUGGGUAUUUUAUGAAAUGUCUAGCUUCCCCGAAACCAAGGCAGAAAAACAAUUUAUACAACAAAAUACCGCCAUGUUUUUGGCCUAUCAUCGCCAGCAAAUUAGUCGUGUGUAUCCGAAGGGCCAACGUUUGGACUCUUCCAACUUUAAUCCUGUGCCAUUUUGGAAUGUGGGCUCCCAGAUGAUAGCGUUAAACUAUCAAACCGGCGAUAAGGCUAUGCAAUUGAAUCAAGCGAAAUUUCGAGAUAAUGCCCAGUGUGGUUAUUUGUUGAAACCACAAUUUAUGAUAGCCGAAGGUUUUGAUCCCAAUAAUCCCAUGGCCAUUAGUCCGCUGGAAGAGAAACAGGUGACCAUACGUAUUAUAGCAGCUAGACAUUUGUUCCGGGCCGGUAAAUGCAGUAAUCCCUUGGUGGUGGUUGAAAUAGCGGGAGCCACUUUUGAUACGGGCAUCAAACAUCGCACCAAAGUAUGUGAAAAUGGUUUCAAUCCGGUAUGGAAUGAGUCAUGUGAGUUUUCGGUACGUAAUCCGUAUUUUGCUUUGCUGCGUUUCGAGAUACAAGAUGAGGAUAUCUUUGCGGAAACACAUUUCAUAGCUCAGGCCUGUUAUCCACUGAAUGCUUUGCGCACCGGUUACCGCAGUGUCAUAUUGCGCAAUAAGUUUAGCGAAGAGUUGGAACUGGCUUCGCUGCUUGUACAUGUGGAUAUAAAGCAGACUUCAGCUACGGAAACUCAUGCUGUUAUCGGAUUUUAGGCCAAAGGCUGAGAAGUUUAGAAGACUUUCAGAACAAUUUUAAAACAAAGACUUUUAAAAACAUUUGAAUUGAAGAAAAAUUAUUAAUUAGCUUUUUUGCAUUUAAAUUUAAACUUACCAAACAGUUGGACGUCCUAAGUCAUGACAUUUAACAUUUAGAAAAUAUCAUAAUCAGUACUUUCUAAUACCAAUAAUAUCUUUGACAAACUGUAUAAGAAUGUUGUGUAAAUUCCAGAGAAAGCUGAAUAUCUAAUUGGAAAAGUAAAAACCACUUGAGCAUUCUUAUACCAAUAUCAUGGACAAUGUCUAAAUGCCUGAUUAAUGCGAAUUUUCAACUGGAAAAAAACAACUUAAUUUCUUACGCACAAAACCAUUUCUACACAAUCAUUAUGAUUCUUUUUUAUUCCUGGUUAAAGUUAAAACCAAUUUUAUCAUCAUUAUAUGUCUGUUUGUUACCACCUUAGAAAUCUAAAAAAACCAUUAACUUAAAGACUUAUUUUUUUCGCGUACAUUAUAAGUAAAAUGUACUUUUAUUUUAUUAUUUUUUAGCAAAUUUUUUCUCAUUACAUUUAAUAACACAAAAUGCUUCCAAAAUUGUAUUAAUUUUUAAAUGUUUUAUCGAAACUAACAUUGUCAUUUAUACGUAUUAUUAUAUAUUGUAUUUUAUUUAAUCAUUUGCAUUCAUUAUUUUAUAUAUUAUUGCAAUUUUCAUAUAAAAAAAAAUUAAAACAAAGGAACAUACAUAUUUAACUAUAUAUCAAAUUGUGAUUGUAUAAAUUAACAAAUCUACAUACAUAUAUAUUGUUUUUUAGUAUUUUGUGUAAUAAAAUUUAAAAAAAAUAAAUAAAA